AUGUCUGAGUCUCCGUCGUCGUCGGCGCCCUUGGCUACUGGUCGCAGUGACGGUCCAUCAGUCCACCACCGUCAGCAUUCACGCGGACAAACCACUCACAUCAACAUCACUGCCGCUACUGCUACCGCUGCCGCUACCCAUCUUUCAGAAGCUGACCUCUCCCUUCCGACGGACAGCCCAACCAGCGCGAACUCCAACCACAACCUCGUCAACGACCGAGACUACUUCCCCUACCAGCCCAAGUCCCUAGCCGGCAUCGCCACGCGCUCCUUCUGCCUCGGCAUCGCCGUCACCAUUGGCGUCGGCGCAACCGGCGCAACCCUCCUCUACACAUCGAGCCCGCUCUGGCGCCUGCCCUUCUUCCUUGCCGCCCUCGCCACCUUUCACUUCCUCGAGUUCUGGACCACAGCCGCCUACAACACCCGCGCUGCCGAUGUCAAGUCUUUCCUUCUCACGGCCAACUGGCCCGGUUACGCCAUCGCGCACGGCUUCGCGACGCUUGAGUGUCUGCUGACCAACACCUUCUGGCCGAACCGUGCGUGGGCGCCGUUUGGUUCCGGUACGCUGCUCUGUUUGCUCGGCCUGGCCCUGACGGUGAUCGGCCAGGUGGUGCGCAGCGUGGCCAUGGUACAGGCGGGACCGAGCUUCAACCACUUGGUGCAGCGCCAGCGAAGCUCGGCGCACGUGCUGGUGACGUCGGGGAUCUACGGCAGGUUCAGGCACCCGAGUUACUUUGGCUUCUUUUGGUGGGCGUUGGGGACGCAGAUGGCUAUGGGCAACGUCGUUAGCUUUGUGGCUUACGCGGCGGUGUUGUGGAAGUUCUUUAGUUCGAGGAUCAAGCAUGAGGAGGAGUUUUUGGUCAAGUUCUUUGGGCAAGAGUAUGUGGAUUAUCGAAGGAGGGUGGGCACCAAGAUUCCGUUUGUUCCCUGA